AUGACCAUUGAUAUGUUAGGCGCAGCAGUAUUUAGCAUGAAUGAUCAAACAAUUGAAGUUGUUUCGCAACAGUUGGAGUUGUUUCGCAACAGUUGGAGUGUUUCAGCAACAGUUGGAGUUAUUCUUUCCUUUCUUUUCUUGCGGAGCAGGGGUCAAGGAAAUGGUAGGUCCCGAAGGUUUCUGUGCUCCUUGGUCGUUCGUGUCAAGCUGGUGUUUGCUGAUCAUCUCGUAUAUGUUUUUCAACAAUUGGUGGAAACUCAAAUCCACAUUAUCGGACGACAACGCCGACGCUUCGGUGAACAACAAACUAUUCUCGUUAGCAAACAGCUUGGCCUCCUCUGUGGGUACAGCACGCAAAUGGUCCAAAUCGCUCUUGUUUCCCACCAACUCAAUGACAAUAUUGGUAUCGGCAUGUUCUUUCAACUCCUUCAACCACCGAGAAACCGAUUCAUAAGACUCCGUUUUCAGAAUGUCAUACACAAUAAGCGCCCCCACCGCUCCACGAUAGUAUGCGCUGGUGAUGGCCCGGUACCGCUCCUGACCAGCAGUAUCCCAAAUUUGAGCUUUAACUCGACGACCAUCAAUUUCUAA